AUUCCUCGUUUCCAAAACCCUCCAAACAAGAAGAAGAGAAAGGAAAGAGAAUGGCCCUGAGAACCCAAAACCCGCCGUCUCUUUUCCUAGAACAAUGGCUCCGAAACAGCUCCGAAACAUCUCCAAAACAGCUCCGAAACACAUCUGCUCAAUCCAUUGUCCAAGCAUGGUCCCACCUCAGAGACUCUCUCCACCGUCCAUCUAUCCAACCCCACCUCAUCCACCAGCCCCUACUUAUACUCUACAACUCCAUCCCCACCCUCCAUGUGGCAGAACCUCAGGCCAAGCUCCUCCUCUCCCUCCUUUCCUCUCUCCCCGACCCCACCUCCGCUCCCCUGCCUCUCCUCCUCCGCCUUCUCUAUGUCUGGACCCGAAAAUCCUCCAAACCCUCUCUCUCCCUCCUCGACUCUUCCUUCCCAAUCCUCUCUCGCAUUCUCACCGUUGAUGCUUCCGUUGAAGAGAGCUUCGUCUCCGAAGGAGUUCUCCUCCUUGGCGCGAUCUCAGCUGUCCCUGGCUUGUCGGGGAGCUCUAGGAAGGUCUGCUGCGACCUGCUCUGCCGGCUGCUGGAAGAGAAUCGUCGGGCGAUCAGGUCUCAUCCGGAGCUUGUUCCGGAGGUUCUUGCGGGAAUUGGGUACGCUCUCGUUCGAUCUGAAAUUGUUUAUUUUAGUAGGAUUUUGGGUUCUUUGUUGGGUUUUUGGAGAGACGGGCCAUGCCCCUGCGUGCCCCAUGGGGCUAUGCUUCUGCAGUUGACAGAAUGGUUGGUUUCUGGGUUUCUUAGUUUGCGGUCUUUGGAGAAGAUUGAGAUUGUUUGCAGAGAGAUUUCAGAAUUUCAGGAGAGGAAUUAUGUUGAUUUUGCGGUAGUUAUGGCUGCCGCCGGUGCGUUGAGGGCUUUCAAUAGGGCUGCAUCUCCUGAAAUCAAUCCUCAGCUGAGGAAUUCAGUGGAAAGCACUAUCAGCGAUCUUGCUGGAGAUUUGAUUUCGAAAACUGGGAAUUUGUGUGAUUUUAGUGGCAAUUUUGAUCAGCGUCUUCUUCUGCAAUGUAUUUCUUUGGGUUUGGGUCGAUGUGGGCCCAUUUUGUUUCGUGCCCCAUUGCUUCUGUGCCUUUCACUGGGGUUGUUGAUCGAAAUCUUUCCUUUACGAUCUUUCUAUAGAAGGGUUAUUGAAAACCCAGAUGGGAAUUCUUCCAUUCUCGGGCUUGAUGAGGUUAAAGAGCAUGUGGGUAGUGUUCUUUUUAAGGAGGCGGGUGCUGUAACUGGUGCUUUCUGUGACCAGUAUGUUCUGGCGGAUGAAGAGAACAAAUUGGUGGUGGAGAAUUAUGUAUGGAGCUAUUGCCAUGAAAGCUACUUGAAGAGUCGGCUGGCCACAAUGGUACUUCGAGGGGAGAGGAAUGAACUGCUCGUGGAGUUGGAGAAGAUUGCAGAAGCCGCAUUUCUUAUGGUUGUGAUCUUUGUGUCUGCGGUGGCAAAACACAAGGUCAAUUCGAAUUUCUCUCCUGAAAUUCAGUCGGAGACUUCGGUCAGGAUCCUAGUUGCAUUUUCAUGCGUAGAGUAUUUGCGACGUGUCCGGUUGCCGGAGUAUUCGGAUACAAUUCGCCGUGUUGUUUUGAGUGUCCAGGAACAUGCAUCAGCUUGCGCCUCUUUUGUUGAAUUGAUGCCUUCGUAUGCCGAUCUGACAGUUCAACAAGGCUUGAGAGGAAUGGAAUACAUUUGGUACAAAGAUGACGUUCAGACUGCCCGCAUAUUAUUUUACCUGCGGGUUAUUCCAACUUGCAUUGAACGUGUGCCUCAUCACGUAUUCAGGAAAACAGCAACUCCAACCAUGUUCUUAUAUAUGCAACAUCCCUCUGGAAAAGUAGCACGGGCUUCACAUUCGGUAUUUGUAGCCUUUAUAUCUUCUGGAAAGGAUAACCAGGCUGAUAAAAUUCUGUUAAAGGAGCAGCUAGUUUUCUAUUAUAUGCAAAGGGCUCUAGAGGCUUAUCCUGGGAUCACCCCAAUUGAAGGAAUGGCUGCUGGAGUCGCAGCCAUUGUUCGGCAUCUUCCUGCUGGAAGUCCAUCCAUAUUUUACUGUAUCCACAGCCUUGUGGAGAAAGUCACUGGACUCUGCAGUAAAGCCAUGACCAACGAUGCAGAUAUGUGGAAGAACUGGAAAGGAGACUCGGAGCCCUGCAAAAAGAUCCUAGAAUUGCUCCUACGCCUCAUUUCCUUAGUAGACAUACAGGUACUACCAGACCUAUUGAAACUUCUGGCACAGCUUAUCGUCCAACUGCCAAAAGAUGGCCAAAAUAUGGUGCUUGAUGAGAUAUACUCUCAAGUUGCAGAGUCGGACGAUGUUACAAGAAAACCAAUUUUAGUCUCUUGGGUGCAGUCACUCUCUUACCUUUGUUCUCAGAAAGUGGCUCCCAGUGGCAAGAACCAAAGUACCAGCAGUUCAACAGUGAUAGAAAGCAGUGGGGAACAAAACAAUGGCCCUGCAUAUAACAUUCUAAACUUGUAUAGAACUAGUUCGCGAUUGUGAGAGAGCUGGUGCCUUGUGUGAUGGCCCACUUGAGUAUUUUUACAGGUGCAUCUUCUAGUCUAGUUGAUUUCAUGCUUGUAAAGGUUGACAUGAUACGUCGUGUCCCGACAGGAUCGCGCAUUAGAAAUGAUUUGUUAAAACUUAGAAGAUGCACUUCUAACAUUGUCAUGUGGAUAGUUAAUGUUGUUGACAGGCAAUACGAAAUAAGAAUCAUCAUUCCUUGUU